GAUGUUUCUUUUUUUGUAAUAGGUUAAUAGGUAAGAUCUAAAAUAUUUUGAUAUUAUGAAAUUAUGUGGUUAUUAUCGAAAUAUAAUCACUAUGAGGAUUUAAAAUUCAAAUGAUUGAAAUAUCAUUUUUGUUCCUCAUACAAGAAUUGUUUUUAAUUUUUUUUACCAUAGAAGAAAAAUGAGUGAAAUUAACGAAUUAGAACAAGCUUUGGUAAUGGUUGCAGCUGAUGCUGAUUCCAGAAAUUAUGAAGACCAGAAGUUGUAUGAAAAUGACGAAGGACAAGAGGAGGAAGCAAUAAGUAAAGACUCAUAUAUUUAUACAAAAAUCUCAGAUGACGUCGACACCAAUAAUUAUCCUUCCCAGGUAAUUAAUAAUUCAAAAGAAAGUAGGAAACGUCAAAAUGAAGAUUUGGAAAAUGUAACAAGAUCAGAAAGAGAGAGCAAAAACCUAAAACGCAAACAUGAAAAUUCUGAAGAUGGCGUUACAAAAUCACAAAGAGUCCACUCAAAUGUUGCAAAUGAGGACAGGCUCCAAAAGUUUAAACAUGAGGAUUCUGAAGAUGAUAUUACAACAUCACAAAGGGGAUAUGCAAAUGUUGUAGCAACGCACUAUAAUAAGUUAGAAGAGAAGGGAUUAGAUGAAAGGUUUAAGUCUCGCAUUGUACAUUUAAGGAAUUUUCAUAAUUGGAUAAAAAGUAUGUUGAUUAAUGAAUAUUUAACAAAAAUUAAGGAUGGUAAAAGACAUAAUGCUCCUGUAAGAGUGCAUGACAUGUGCUGCGGUAAAGGAGGAGACCUGUUAAAGUGGAAAAAAGGAGGAAUUUCCCAUCUAAUAUGCAGUGAUAUUGCUGAAGUUUCUCUUGACCAAUGUAAGGCCAGAUACACAGACAUGAAAAAAAGAUCUGCUAGAGAUAGGGGACCGAAUUUAUACUCUAUCGAGUAUAUAGCCGGAGAUUGUUCAAGACUAAGACUGCGUGAAAAAUACUCAGAUCCUUCGAUGAGUUUAGACUUAGUAAGUUGUCAAUUUGCCUUCCACUACAGUUUUGAAAGUCUUUCCCAGGCUGAGUGUAUGUUUCGCAAUGCUGCUGAAUGUCUGCAACCAGGUGGAUAUUUUAUUGGAACUAUACCCGAUGCCUACGAGAUUGUAACCAGAGCCAAAAAAUGUAACAAUAAAAGCUUUGGAAACAAGGUUUAUGAAGUUUCGAUUGAUUUCGAUAUUAAUAAACCUCCUCUAUUUGGUGCUAAAUACAACUUUCAAUUAGAUGGUGUUGUCAAUUGUCCAGAAUUUCUUGUGUAUUUUCCGAUACUGGUGAAAUUGGCAAAAAAAUUUGGUCUGAAGCUUGUCAGAACAGAGAAAUUUUACGACUUUUUUGAAAGGAUGAAAGAAGAAGGGAAAUAUCUGUUAACGAACAUGAGAAGUUUAGAAGCUUAUCCGGCACCAGAGUCGGUACAAUUAGUUGGUACAGAUGUUUCUGACUACAUACAUGCUGAAACGUUUAUUAAACAGGAACAGAGUGGAAAUCUAAAAGUUGGAACUCUCUCAAAAUCUGAAUGGGAGGUUUCAUCACUGUACACAACGUUUGUGUUUGAAAAAGUGAAAAAUACAUGGAAUGCAGAUGGAACUCCACUAUAUGAUAUUUGACAGGACUUACUUUAAUUUAUCUUUUUAUAAUAAUUGGUGGAGUCGAUCAGUUCGUUGUAAUAUUAUAUAUUUUACAAAUAAAUAAAUAUACAGAUAUU